UGAAAGAUGGCUGCUACCGUGUAUGGGAUGCUGAACGAAGGAAACAGUGUUCAAAACAAAUUAAAUAACUCAGAAACUGACGCGUGCAAUUCUCUAUCAUCUCAUUCUGACUGUCAAGAACAAGAUGAAUUUAUAGUAUCGUGGGGUUUUAAUAUCAAUGAACUGUACAGUUUAGCAACAACCUUUUUAAAAGAAAAAGAAGGCAAGGCUUUCCACAUAUCCUAUAAAGAUAAACUGGCAUUAGUUGCAUAUAACCAACAAGUUUCUCAUGGUAAAUAUAUUGAAGAAAAAGCACCACCUUUGGGCUAUUUAGAUGUCAUUGGAAGAGACAGAAGGCAAGCAUGGCAAGCACUGGAAGGUAUGUCAGAAAGAGAAGCAAAAGCAGGUUUUAUCAAUCUGCUGCACAGUAUUUGUCCACUCUUCCGUCCUUUUGUUUUGGCACACAAGUGUGACUUAGAAGAAAAAGAAAGAAGAAGGAAGGAAGAAGAGGAAAGGAAAAGAAUAGAAGAAGAGGAAGAGGCAAGACAGAAGCUAGAAGAAGAAAGGUUGCGUUUGGAGGAGGAACAGCUUUUAAAAGAAGAGAGAGAGAGACAAAGACAGUCCCACCAAAAGUAAGCAGUUAAUUUUCAUCUUUCAUUUAAAACUCUAAGUUAUUUUUCUUUCUUUCUUAUUUUACUCAUUUAAAAUUUUUUGAUUAUUAUUAUGCUGCUCUAGCUUCUUCCUUCUACCUCUGUAAAAGUUUUCUAUAUAGAAUACUGACAUUGAUCUUUGAAAAGUAACAUUCCUUUCUACUCAUAGCUAAAAUUGCAUAUCUUCACCUAGAAAUUUUAGCUAAAAUUAUAGAUUUUUAAUACAUGACUUCAGUACUGAAACAUAUUGAUUGUCAAA